ACGACCGGUCCUCUCCCACUCCACACGCCGAAUUUUGGCAUCGGCUUUCGGGCAACCUACGUUUUCUCCGUCCCCGGGAACGUGACGCAGCCAUGGCCACAAACGGUAAUGUUAAUCACCACGACCAGUACGCUGCCUCGACCCACACAUCAGAGGCCCAGGCCAGUGUGGACAGCUCGAGCACCAGUCUUGGUACGGACGAGAUUGGAUGGUACUUUGUCGAGCAGUACUACACAACCGUGAGCAAGACGCCCGAUAGGCUGCACCUGUUCUACGGAAAGAAGGCGCAGUUCGUGUGCGGCCGCGAGGCCGAGGUUGUCCCCGUUGCGGUUGGCAGACAUGAAAUUCAAGAGCGCAUCAAAACGCUGGGCUUCCAGGAGUGCAAGGUCCGCAUCUCCAACGUCGAUUCCCAGGCUUCCAACGACACAAUCGUCAUCCAGGUCAUUGGUGAGAUCGCGAACAAGGGAGAUGAGCCCAAGAAAUUCGUCCAGACGUUCGUGCUCGCCCAGCAGCCGUCUGGCUACUUCGUCCUGAACGACAUACUGCGUUACAUUGAUGAGGACCUGGAAGAGGAGGCAGAGGCGGGAGCUGCUCAACCCCCUGCCCCCGAGGAGGUGCCCGCUACGGAGGAAUCCGAGUCCAAGAUCUAUACGCCUGCCACCGAAGAGCCCGUUCAGGAGAAGGAGCCUGCCGCGUUGGACACCGAAGCUGUUACAGAAAAGCUGGAGGAGGCGGCUGUUGAGCCUCCCGCUGCUGCUGAAGUCCCUGCUGCCGAGCCCGCUGUUGAGACUCCCGAGGCCACCACGAAGGAGGAGGCACAGGCUCAGCCCGACGUUGAGAAGACGGUCGAGGAGAUUGCCGAGGAGGAGGUCAAGAAGCCGGAGGAACCCAAGGACCCCAACCCCACUCCCACCGCCGCUCCGGCUCCGGCUCCGGCUGCGGCUCCGGCUGCGGCUCCGGCUCCUGCGCAACCCGAGAAGCCCAGGGAGCCCGCCAAGCCGAUGUCCUGGGCCAGCCGCGUGGCUGCUGCUGCCGGAGCGCCGCGCCCCGCCGUCCCUGUUGCCCCCGUUCCUAAGACCGCUACGCCUCCCGCUCCGGCUCAACCGCGCGCUGCGGCCCCAGCUGCUCCGCAGCAAGCUGCCCCGGCGGCCCAGCAACCCGAGACCACCCCGGCGCCGACCGCGCCCAAGGACCAAGGCAGCGAGUGGCAAACGGCCGAGACCAAGCGCCAGAGUCGCGCUCCGCAAGUCCCCGCCCCUCAGGGCGAGAAGGAAGGCACCAUGGCAUACAUCAAGUAUGUCACCGAUAAGGUGAAGGACGAGGACCUCAGGGCCACUCUGUCGAGCUUUGGCGAGCUGGCCUAUUUCGACAUCAACCGCCAGAAGAACUGCGCCUUCGUCGAGUUCAAGACACAGGCGGGAUACAACGCCGCCGUCGCCGCGAACCCGCACACCGUAAACGGCGAGAACAUCGUGGUGGAGCAGCGCCGCCCGAAGGCCAAUGCGUAUGGCGGUGCCAACUACAACGCUGCACGGGGCGGUGCGGGCCGCGGCGGGCGUGGCGGGUACGAGUCUCGCUCUGGCAGCCAGGGCGGCCGCGGUGGCUUCACCGGCCAGCGCGGGCGCGGCGGCGGUCCCCGCGGUCGGGGCGCUUCCCAGGUCGGUGCUGCCUAGCUGGCGACGGCCGCGUAAACGGUCCGAACUGCCCUUCUCACCGUUGGAUGAGAACGGGAAAGAGAACCGGUUUGAGUUGGCUUUCCACGACGGUGCAGUGAUGGCC